GAGAAAUACGACAGUCAGCUAAACUUAGCAACCUAGCUGACCAUUCUCUCUUGGUUCAUUUCUCCUUGGUAACAACCUGGUGUUAAUCUGUGUUGUCUUAAACAAAAGGUCUAUCGCCCCGGCUCCUGACCGUUAAGGUUGAUGUGAAUGCUGAGCGGAUUAAGUCCUUUUGUUUUGCUGUUACUACGGGUUAGCAGAGCACUCUGAGGGACAGCAGCAGAUCCUUUUGGAGCCGCGUUUUCUUUUUAUGAAAUUGGGACACUGUGGCUGUCUACGUUAUGUGUAUGCACGUGAAGGAAGAGAAGAUAAAGGGUGUUGCACUGAAAGAGCUGUGUUUGCUCCAGAGAGUGAUCGGGAAACGUGAAAUGUCCGUCGUGUCAAACUGUCUUAAGUGCAUUAGGAUGGGUAGAGGCAACAGAUCCCACUUCCCUGCAGGAUGGAGUCAUCAUGUCUGGACCUGGCUCUGGAAGGUGAGCGGCUCUGCAAGGCUGGUGAGUAUCGUGUCGGCGUGUCCUUCUUUGAGUCUGCCAUCCAGGUUGGAACAGAGGACCUUCAAAUCCUUAGUGCCAUCUACAGCCAGCUGGGCAAUGCCUACUUUCACCUGCAAGAGUACAACAAAGCCCUAGAGUACCAUCGGCAUGAUCUCACACUUACUAGAACUAUUGGAGAUGAACUUGGUGAGGCAAAGGCCAGUGGCAACCUUGGGAACACAUUAAAGCUUUUAGGGCGGUAUGAUGAAGCAGUGGUUUGUUGCCAAAGACAUUUGGAAAUCACCAGAGCCAUGUAUGACAAGGUUGGGCAGGCUCGAGCGCUGUAUAAUUUCGGGAACGUUUACCAUGCCAAGGGCAAAAGCAUCUGCUGGACUGGAGCCGAGCCAGGAGAGUUCCCAGAGGAGGCCCGGAUAGCCCUGAGGAAAGCUGCACAGUACUAUGAAGCAAACCUGUGCCUGGUGAAGGAGUUAGGUGAUCGGGCAGCCCAGGGUCGCACCCAUGGUAACCUUGGCAACACUUACUAUCUGCUGGGUGACUUUGACGCUGCAGCAGCUGCACACGAAAAGCGGCUGCUCAUCGCUAAAGAGUUUGGGGAUAAGUCUGCUGAGAGGAGGGCCCACUGUAACCUUGGCAAUGCUCACAUUUUCCUCAGCCAGUUUGAAGUGGCGGCUGGUCAUUACAAGAGAACUCUGCAGCUGGCCAGGCUUUUGAAGGACAAAGCAGUGGAGGCCCAGGCCUGUUACAGUCUAGGCAACACCUACACACUACUGCAGGACUAUGACAGAGCCAUUGAUUACCAUCUCAAACAUCUGGUCAUUGCUCAGGACCUCAAUGACAGGGUGGGUGAAGGACGAGCAUACUGGAGUCUAGGAAAUGCUCACACUGCCCUGGGGAAUCAUCAGCAAGCAAUGUACUUUGCUGAGAAACAUCUGGAAAUUGCCAAAGAGACGGGAGACAAAAGCGGUGAGAUGACAGCCACGAUGAACUUGUCAGACCUACGGCUGGUCGUAGGCCUGAAGUCCAACUCCAACAUCCACCCCAACAUCUUCCGCAACACCAACACUAACAGCUCUGCUCUCCCAGCAGGCUACCAGGGUUACCCCAGCCUCCAAGGGGUCAAGUCUCAACCAAGGAUAAGAGACAGUGCAGAGACUGGACUGAUUCCAAGUCCUGACAAAACUCAAACUGGGGAUUCAUCGGCUCAUCCAGACUGGGGAGAGGAUGUAUUCCCCGGGUCGUCAAAAAACAACACGAUCAAGGCUUCUACUAAGCUCUUCCUCUUCCAACGGCUGAAAAGCAAGAAGCAGAAGAACAAGCAUGAGCCUUCAGCUCCUGAGCAGGAGGCACCAUUGUCUCCUAAGCCAGGAUCACGGGACACCAUUGGAGAGGAUGGCUUUUUCGACCUCCUCUCUCGUUUCCAGGGCAACAGGAUGGACGACCAAAGGUGCUCCCUACUGUAUGACCAGAGCCAUCUCACGGUUCAUUCCUCUCCCUCCUCCACCCCACCUGUAGCUGAAAGUAAAUCUAUUUUGGAGUGCGAAACACCGUUUCAGGAUCCUGGUCAUUUCCUGGAGCUGCUGGCCAGCUCCCAGGCCCGUCGUCUGGACGACCAACGAGUCAGCCUGAGCCAUUUUCCUGGCUUACGUCUCAACACCUCCAACCCGCCUCGUACACCCUCCACCUCCAGCACAGAUCAAGUCCCCCCACAAGCCCCGAUCUCCAGUACAGAUACCUCUCACACACCCUCCCUCUACAGUCGCCUCGAGGCAAGCGCUGAGCAGCCCGACGGGGACGAUGUUUUCUUUGAUAUUCUAGUAAAGUGCCAGGGCUCCCGACUGAACGACCAGAGGUGUGCUGCUCCACCUUCUAAAACCAAAGGACCAACUGUUCCGGAUGAGGAUUUCUUCAGUCUCAUCAUGCGUUCCCAAUCCAACAGGAUGGAGGAGCAGCGAGUCCUGCCGCCCCCUGGCGUCACCCAAUCCAAACCAGACUGACUCCAUUACCCCUCCCACACCAAAGGAUCAACCAGGGUUGACUUUGUGCUUGAAAGGAUUAGCCUGCGUUGACCGACUCGGCUUCGCGACCCAGGUCAAGACGUGGGUCGGACACGGGUCGAUUUCAAUGUGAAUUGCACAAGACCAGGGUCACUAACAAAGGGGUGGGACAAAUGAUGUAAUUGGUUGAAAACGGGAGGCACAGUCGUCAAGGUCGCUGCACACUUGGCGAAUAAUUUUUAUUUUUUUUGUCUCACUUGAACUGAGAGCAUCUGUCUCCACAAAAUCAUCUGUAGAGUGUUUGAUGGUUAUUUAUUUGUGCUUUAGAACGUAAUCGCUGUGGAACAACCUCCUAUUCACGGGUCCAUUCCGCUCUCUAGUCGACCGAGCUGCAGUUCAACCUGCAGGCUCCACUCACUUUCAUUCCUGCCUUUUUGUAUUGUCCUGACAACGUUCCUGCAAGACUACAAGGGACACUAUUGGGAAACAUCUCAAACAGUACUGGUCAUUGUGACUGUAAAAUGGGAAAUUUUAGGUUUUUUAAGACUUGUUUUUAGAUAGCCAACAGUGUCUCUGGGUUGCCACCUUGUUUUUGGCGCCCCCUGCUGCCUGUUUUAAUCAGAGCGCUCUGCACCAGUGACGUCUGCCUACUCUGGAGGCUUGCAUCAAGCCACUCACACAAACUGUGGAUUGUGGUUUUUCAAGUAGUUUGUACUGUAUCCAAGGACAUAAGCCAAACCAAAGGGAUUUCUGCUUUAUAAUGAUGGACAAAGAGACACGUGAACCUAUCUCAAGCAAUUAAGCAAACUGGAACAUUGCACGGCUUGUUCUGCCUAUUUCUGAUAUUUCAGCAAGUCUUUAAGAGUGGAACAUCUCUGUUUGAAUUGAUCUCAGACCUCUCCAACAAUAACUCAAAUGACAAAUCCUCUCUGGGGAAAUAAAGGUCUACUGCUACUACUGCAGUGGUGGCUAGUGGAGCCAAUUAUAGCAUCUGUUCCCCGAUAUUGCUUUCGAAAGACUUAAAGUAUGUCAGUUUUAUAUUGUUAAGGGUUGUAUAGAGUUGUUAUUGCCAUGAAUUGAAAUGGCCAUUUUCUUUGUAACACGAUUUUACAGGGGAUUAACUGUAGUGUGAGGGGAAAAAAAAAAAAAGUUGUUAGAUUUUGUAUUGAACCUUCUGACAAUGGAGAAAUAAAAUCUCACGAUUUUACAUUA